UGCUCCCUGCUCUAGGCCCACUGCUAAGGAGCAGCCAGGCAGCUGGAGCCCCUCCUGGCCGGGGCUAUGGGGGAAUGAGUCGGGCUCUUCUCUCUGCUUCUCAGGGGCGUCUGCACCCAGCUGGAGGUGAUGGUGGACUCCCCGGUGGCGGCUCAGCUGGGCUCCCAGGCUCUCCUCCCAUGCACCUUCGCUGUGGCGAAUGCCCCCAUCAGCCCUGAGUACCUGGCUGUGCACUGGUAUUUCCAGGGCCAGGAGCUGGCGUCCUACGAUGAUUCCCUCAGCUUCUCCCGGCCGGGAGUGUCCAUGGACACGGAGCAGCUCGCCAGCGGCAACGCCUCUCUGGUUCUGCACAAUGUGACCGUGUCGGAGCAGGGAGCCUACGAGUGCCUGGUCAUCCACAGCCCGGACAGAGGGGAGCAGAGUCUACACCUGGCAGUGCUGGCCGUGCCCACCGUUGCCAUCCCCAGUAAAGCGGUGCUGAGGGGGGAGCCGAACUUGCUGAAAUGCUCCGUGUCCGGCUUCCAUCCGGCCGACAUCGCAGUGACCUGGCUGAGGGCUGGGGAGGUCCUGCCGGCGUCCCCGCUCCCCGCGCCCCAGAGGAACCCAGACGGCACCUUCAACGUCAGCAGCUCUCUGACCUUCCAGCCCACGGAGCAGGACCAGGGCGUCACCUUCUCCUGCCAGGUCCAGCACGCCGCUCUGCCGCGUGGCGCUCUGCAGAUAGACUUCCAGCUCGUGUUCGGAGUCUCCCCCGUGGUGAACAUUCAUGCCCCCACGUUUGUGCAAGGCAAGGCCCAGGUGUUAACGUGCGACGUGAAGGGUUUUUACCCAGAAGCCAUCGCUGUUAACUGGCUCCUCAAUGGCGUCCGGACAGAAGCCCCCCGCGUGAACCCCAGUGGCACCUUCAACCUGGAGUCUUUCUACCAGUUCAAGCCUGUGGCGGAGUCGGAGGGUGCUGAGAUCAGCUGCGAGGUGCAGCACGAGACGCUGAGCCGGCCCAUCGUCCGGAGCGUGCAGGUGCAUCUGGAGCAUGAGGGGACUCAGGUCAGUGUCACAGUCCUGCUGGUGUCAGUGAUGGUAUCAGUGCUGGUGGUGGCUGGAAUCGCAUUCUUCCUGUGCAAGAGAAGCAGAGGUCCUUUUCUGCAGAACUGCUGCCUAGCCACUCGGUCCCUAGGCUGUGGCGGUGCACGGGAUUCUUGUCUCUACAUGUGUCUCUACAAUGCUCGCUCUCUUUAGCCGCCCGCUAGACAUUCACCGCCAGCGACAUCGUGGGGCCGAAAGUCUGGGUCCCCGGGGAGUACGUUUCCCUUGUGUGCAUUGGCUACCACUGCCCGGCAGGCACGGAGGCCACGUGGGCAAAGUGCCAAAAUGAAGAGCUAAUGCCCAUCGCCAGGGGUGACCCAGCUGGGAGCGAUGGGGAGGAGCAGCCACUUGUUCCCAUCAACACUCUGUACAAAGUCCAGACGCAGAUGCUGCCCUUGGACAAUGGCUCAGCCACUCUGGCCACGAUGCUCAUAUUUCGUGUCAGGAGCCUGGAGGACCUGGGAGCCCGGUACCAGUGCUGCUUCAUCAGCAAGGAUGGGAGAACACUGAGCACCAAGGAGUUCGGAGACUACACCCUGCGCCCCUCCGCUCAGACUCAAGGACCAGCUGUGGACCCGGCAGCAGCUCGGCCUGCAGAGGAAUAGCGGGAGCAGCAGCCGGCCUGUGGGGGGCCCUGACAGUAUGAAGCGCCUGGACAGUACUGAACGGAGUACCCCGAACCCAGGCCUUCCCGCUGUCCAUGUUUCACAGCAGGGCAGGGGAGGGACAGCACGUUAAGCCCGGAUCCCAAGCCCCCCUUCCAUUCACACACACAUCAGUCUGACACAGGUCAGCAGCACUCAGGGCCUGGGUCCCAGGACUCUGCCAGGGUGGUGGGUCAGAGCUUGAGUCUUGCUGUGACUCGGGUCCACGCCCAUCAUUGUGCAGUGUGGACGCAGCUCAAGCCGCAGCCCCGAGUCAGAAGGGCUGCAUGGCGCAGUACGGACGUGUUAGCCUGGCCAUGAGACCUGGGGCCAGCAACUUGUGAACUCAGGUUUACAAUGCAGCGUAUAUGCUCCAGCAUGGGCUUGGAAACACCAAAUCCACAAGCCCAAUGUGAGUGCCUCAGUUUCCCUCAGACAUUGCUACCGGUGGGGGAUGGAGGAUUAAGUUUGCGCUCAGGGCCGGCUGAGAGCCACAGGAGUGUAUGUGUCACCCAGCUGUCUGAGCAGACUGAAUGGCUCAUGGCCAGCUCAGUGGAGAACUGAGAAGACAAUGGAAAGCCCAGUCGCCAGCACACUGACACCUGGAUGGAUUUCCCACCCCCCAGCAGGGAAGCUGGACAGAGACCCCAGCUCGAGAACAAAGGGCUGGGAGGUGGGGGAGAAAAGGCUGGUUUCUGGAUGAAGCCUGAUUUUUCUCACCUGGGAACUGAGGAAGUCAGAGAGACACAGAGCCUGAAAAUGGAGUUUUACUCCUGAGGGAAUUCAGUGCCAAACAAUUAAAAAUUCUGUGCACAGAGGUGGGAGAUCACUGUGCAGCUCCCCCCCUGGGACACGGACUCUGCAGUGAAGCUGCACCCGACCCUGACACAACACAAGGGCUGGGUGUCCCCCUCCACUCCAGGUGCACCAGGUGUGGGCGAGCAGGCUCAGCCCAGCAGGAUCCUAGUGUGGAGGCGUGAGGUUAUCUGAUUAGAAUAUGACCA